GUUUGUCCUACAAUGAUAUAGGAUGGGGGGGCACUUCCCUGGUUGUGACCUCACUCAUUCUCUGACUGUGUGAUGGGGACGGAGCUGUGUGGGAAACGAACUGAGUUGCCCGCAAACUGGUGAGCACUCAGAAUAUACUACCCAGCUGUGAUGGGCACCCAAUGGAUAGUUUUAUUCCUCUUCCCCCUGCCGCUGUGCCAAGCUUUAUACUGUGAAAGUUCCCAGGAUCCGUGCCUUAAUGGAGGAACAUGCCUGAAGCUCCCUAACGGUACUUACCUUUGCAGCUGCUAUAGUGGUUUCCAGGGUGACCGCUGUCAGUUUUUAGACCCUCCAUGUUCACCGCAUCUUUGCCACAAUGGAGGCACAUGUAAACGAUUGUCAUCCUCAGAGUACCGCUGUACAUGUGGCCCUGGAUGGACAGGCAAACACUGUGAAUUAAUUGACCACUGUACUACCAACCGAUGCAUGAAUAAAGGCAAAUGUGUCAACAAGGAUUUGAGCCCCCGUGGGGGGUUUGAGUGCCAGUGCCAGCGUGGCUACAGCGGAGAGGCAUGUGAGAAGGAUGUGGAUGAAUGCCAGGAAGCUGGUGUAUGCAAGAACGGUGGGAUUUGUAGGAACACCAUAGGAUCCUUCUUGUGUGAGUGCCCAGCUAUGUACGAUGGCAUCAACUGUGAGAUGAGAAGAGGACAGUGCUCUUUAUACAGCUGCCUCAAUGCAGGGACGUGCCAUCAAAGAACCCCCAACUUAUACCAGUGUGCAUGCCCACCAGGCUACACUGGAUCUGAGUGUGGGGAGAACAUUGAUGACUGCAUUAACCACAAAUGUCAAAAUGGAGGAACUUGCAUUGACGGACUUGAAAAAUACACAUGUAAAUGUCCCCCAGGAUUGGAAGGAGGACUUUGUUCCAAAGACAUUGAUGAAUGCCACACUCCAGGCAUAUGUAGAAAUGGCGGGACUUGUCAGAACACGUAUGGAGGAUUCAAUUGUGUGUGCGUUAACGGAUGGAAUGGUGACAACUGUGAACACAACAUUGACGACUGUGCCACAGCCACCUGUGCUGAGGGGUCCACCUGCAUCGACCAGGUGGGGGCGUAUUUCUGCGUAUGCCCCACUGGAAGGAUUGGUCUUUUGUGUCACAUGGAGGAUGGAUGUCUGAAAAAUCAGUGUCACCCAGAGGCCACAUGUGAUACAGAUCCCUCAUCCCACAGGAUCUUUUGCCGUUGCCAGCCAGGCUAUACCGGAGCCACUUGUUAUGAAGAUCUGGAUGAAUGCAAUUUAGGUCCCUCUCCCUGUGAACACCAUGGACAGUGUGUAAACACCGAAGGUUCCUUCCUGUGUCGUUGCCCCCUCGGAUAUACCGGCACCCGCUGUGAGACAGACCAGAAUGAGUGCCACUCCAAUCCCUGCCUCAACGGAGCCUCGUGCCUUGACUUGUUGGGUCGGUUCGAGUGUGAGUGCACGCCCGGAUUUGAAGGAGUUUUCUGUGAACGGGAAGUAAGCAAGUGUUUAAGCUCUCCCUGUGUAAACGGAGGAAACUGCACUGAUCUGUUAAAUGAUUUUCACUGUUCCUGUCAUCCGGGUUUUCAGGGCCAAAGAUGUGAAACCGAUGUGGACGAAUGUUCCAGCUCGCCCUGUCACCAUUCUGGGGUCUGUGUAGACCACCCUGGUUUCUUUAUCUGUGAAUGCUUAAGUGGAUUCACGGGCCAGCUGUGUGAGGAAAACAUUGAUGAGUGCAUCAGUCAACCAUGCCAUAAUGGUGCUACCUGCCAGGACCAACUCAAUGGCUUCCAGUGUUUGUGUGAGCCUGGCAUCACAGGUGCCACUUGUGACACAAAUAUUAACGAGUGCAGCAGUGACCCCUGCAAUCACGGACUUUGCACUGACCUGGUGAAUUCAUUCCAGUGUCUUUGUGAUCCCGGCUAUUCAGGUACCACGUGUGACACAAAUAUUAAUGAGUGCAAUAGUGACCCCUGCGGUUAUGGACAUUGCAUUGACCUGGUGAACUCAUUCCAAUGUAUUUGUGAUCCCGGCUAUUCAGGUGCCACAUGUGACACGAAUAUUAAUGAGUGCAGUAGUGACCCAUGCAUUCACGGACGUUGCAUUGACCUGGUGAACUCAUUUCAGUGUUUUUGUGAUCCUGGGUAUUCAGGCUCCCAUUGUGAAACAGACAUUAGUCAGUGCAGGUCCGGACCAUGCCAGAAUGGAGGCACCUGCCAGGAUUUGGAUGAUGGUUUUCAGUGUUCCUGCCCACCAGGAACAGUCCUUCCCCAGUGUACCUUGGAGAAUACCACCUUCAUCAAUACAACAUGCCUUCAUGGCAGCAGUCAGAUACAGAACAACAGUUCUCAGUGUGUCUGUGAUGUAGGGUGGACAGGGUCAUCUUGUGAUAUCCCCAUUAAUGAGUGCACCACUCUUCAUUGUGAGAACGGGGGAAUAUGCCAUCCUCACCCAGAUGGAUAUAACUGCUCAUGCCAAGCAGGAUUCACAGGGUUAAAUUGUGAAAUUCCUGUUCAGCUGUGUUCUCCUGAGACCUGUCUUAAUGGAGGAACUUGUCAUGAGAACCCCAACAUCACUGAUCCAUCAUGCCUUUGCCCCGCAGAAUGGCAAGGUCCACAAUGUGAAAAAGAUGUUGAUGAAUGUUCCAAUGAUCCCUGCAAGAACGGGGCCAGUUGUGUUAACAUCCCCGGAGCAUACAGCUGUGUUUGUGCCUUGGGGUACACCGGACAUCACUGUGAAUCUGCAUUAGAUCACUGCCUGCCAGAUAGUUGCCAGAAUGGAGGUACAUGCCUCAGUCUGCAUGACAUGUUUACCUGCAUUUGUCCCUCUGGAUACACAGGAAUGCUGUGUGAGGAGAAGGUAGACAGCUGUGCAAGUUCACCUUGUCAAAAUGGCGGAUCGUGCAAGAACCUUGGCGACUCCUAUACCUGUGACUGUGCCAAAGGCUACGAAGGAACCGAGUGUGAGGUGAACAUUCAAGACUGUACCAACAGUUCCUGUCUAAACGGUGGCACAUGUGUGGAUGGUAUUGCCUCCUACUCCUGCUUGUGCCCAGAAAGAUUCACAGGAAGACAAUGCCAAGACCAGAUCACUUACUGUACCAUAGAUUCGUGCAAGAAUGGGGGUACCUGCCAUGAAGUUCCUGGUGGGUACAUCUGCUCCUGUCCUGAAUUGUACACAGGGGGCGCCUGUGAGGACAUCAUAGACUUCUGUGCUCGCAGACCGUGUCAAAAUAAAGGAAUAUGUUCUCAGACGGGAACACAAUAUCGCUGCCAAUGUGCCUUUGGAUGGGUUGGAAAUCAUUGUGAAACUCCUCUUCUGACCUGCAAGGCCACAGCCUCCAGAGGAGUGGACCCUGACACGCUCUGUAACAGACACGGAAACUGCGUGGAUUCAGGGACAUCCUAUGUAUGCCGUUGCUUCCCCGGUUACUCUGGCACUCAUUGCCUGGAUAAAUUCGACCCAUGUCACCCAAACCCUUGUAAGAAUGGAGGGCGCUGCCGGGACAUUUCUGGGUCACCCUCUUGCCAGUGCCUACAUGGAUACUACGGGGCAACCUGUGAAGAGAAAGAUCCAUGUCUGUCCCAGCCUUGUAACCACAAUGGGGUGUGUGUGCCCAAAGGGAACAACUAUCAUUGUGUGUGCCCAUCGGGAACCCAAGGAGCCCGCUGUGAAAUUAAUAUAGAUGACUGCGCCACAGCUGAAGUUCGGUGCUUCCAUGGAGGCACAUGCAUGGAUGGAGUUGGGGGUUUCUCUUGCCUCUGCCCCCUAGGGUAUGUGGGAGAACGCUGUGAAGGGGAUGUCAACGAGUGUCUGUUCAACCCCUGUGACCCACGAGGGACACAUACCUGUGUGCAGCUCAGCAACAGCUUUCAGUGCCAGUGCCAUCCACAUUACACAGGUCAUAGAUGUGAGCACAUCAUUAAUUACUGUGAUAAUAACCCUUGUGCUAAUGGCGGAACCUGUGCAUUGGCUGUUAACACCACACUGGGAUUCACCUGCAGCUGCCCACAGGAUUUUUCAGGUCCCACGUGUAGUGAGGUCAUACUGUCUUGCAAAACCUUCACCUGUCAUAACGGUGGGAAGUGUAUACAAGGGAUGGAAGGGCUUCCUCGCUGUGUUUGCCAUCGUGAUUACACUGGCCCCCAGUGUCAGGAGUCUGUGGGGUCCACUUCUUCUCCUCCGCAGGGGCCCUGGAAGCAAUGCCCCGAAGCAGAAUGCCAGAGAAAGUUCAGAAAUGGAGUCUGCGACAAACCGUGCAAUAACAAGUAUUGCUUAUAUGAUGGCUUUGACUGCAACAUCACACGAAGCUGCAAGGAUGAUUAUGAAAGGUACUGCCAGGACCACUUUGGCAAUGGGCACUGCGAAACGGGAUGCAAUAACGCGGAAUGCGGCUGGGAUGGAGGAGAUUGUACCGCUAACCACGAGAAGCCUGGAGGAAGACUUAUCUUGGUGCUGGGUUACAAUUCCUCCAUACUCCAUCGAAGAGACAUCCUCACACAGCUGCGCGCUUUGUCCAUCCAUCUCCACACCAAGAUACGUCUGGAAAGUGACAGCAAUGGAGACUUGUUGUUUCGAUAUCGCAAGGGGGACAGACCUGAAGACCUGUCUGCAGAGCAGAUGGAGAGAUGGAAGUAUGAGACCUCCAAGGCCGAGACCAGCAAAGAGACUGUUGGCUGUGUCCUGUAUGUGGAAGUUUUUAAUCUGGAGUGUCCGCUGUCCACCUGCCUCAACUCUUCCCAGAUGGCUGCUCGGUUUUUGGAAGCUCUAAAUCAGAAGGGAGAGCCAAAUCUGCCAUACUCAGUCCUGGAAGUGAAAUCCGUGGAUCCACCUAUAGCCCCAGAGGAGUCAAAGCUCCAGUAUCAAUGGCCGUUGGUGGGGAUGGCUGCUGGCGUGGCAGUGGCUGUGAUUAUUGGGGUGUUCUUUGGGGUUCAGCUAAGCAGAAAGAGACAGCAUGGGGUCCUGUGGCUUCCUUCUGGCUUCAGUCGCCAUCGGGCACAAGAGGGAAGCAGGAGACGGGAGCCUGUAGGAGAAGACUCUAUUCGGCUUAAACCAAUGAAACAUGAUUCUGUUUAUGAUGAUUCAGGUCCUGAAGAAGGAAUUGUGCCACCAAAAUCCAGAAGACUUAAACUGGCGACAGACCCCUCCAUCCUUGACCAUCGGCAGUGGAGUCAACAGCAUAUUGAUGCUGGGGUUCGUUUCCCACAAUGCAUUGCUCUGACACCGCCCCAGGAGGAGCCUGAUGGCAGGGACGUUGAUGUGAGAGGUCCAGAUGGAGUCACUCCACUUAUGUCGGCUAUAUGUGCGGGAGGAGGUUUGGAACCCAUUGGAGGUGGUGUAGAUCCACCAGAAAUUGAAAACUCUGCAAGUGUCAUCUCAGAUUUGAUUGGUCAGGGCGCCAGUCUCAAUGCCCAGACUGACUCUACUGGAGAGACAGCGCUUCACCUGGCUGCCAGAUUCUCCAGACAAGAUGCUGGCAAGGUCAUGCUAGACGCCGGAGCAGAUACAAACGUGCAGGACAAGCUGGGAAGGACCCCUCUCCACACGGCUAUCGCUGCCGAUGCUCUGGGAGUUUUCCAGACCCUGUUACGAUGCCGCCAGACAGACAUUGACGCCAGAAUGCACGAUGGAUCCACACCACUCAUCCUUGCUUCUCGCCUUCCGGUACUGAACAUGGUGGAAGAAUUGGUGGCAUGUGGAGCAGACAUAGGUGCAACAGAUAAGCGAGGUAAAUCUGCUCUACACUGGGCUGCCGCUGUGAACAAUGUACCAGCAAUGAAGACUCUUUUGUCUCAUGGGGCUAACAAGGAUCUUCAGGACAAAAGGGACCAAACUGCACUGUUCCUGGCCGCUAGGGAGGGGAGUUACGAAGCUGUCUGCCUUCUCCUCGAGCAUCAAGUAAAUCGAGAGUUGUGUGAUCAUGUAGGCCAUCAGCCUCGACAUGCAGCACGUGAACGCGGACACAGAGAUAUCCAACGCCUUCUUGAAGAAUGCAGCCAAAUAGUGAACCGCAACACACCUGCUGCUCCUCUGGUUGGAGCUCCACAGCUGAAAAAGACUCCGCGGCCUAGAGUCAAAGAGCCAACCAAGCCUGCCCCUUUACCGCACAUAGACCUGAGCAGCUCCUGUUAUCACAAUCCUCCUCCUGUUUCAGCACCACCCUUUCUGCCAGGGAACCAAUCAGAGAGCAAUUGUUGCCAAUCUCAUCACGCUAUGGCCAACUACGGAGGUAAUUGUCCACCCUAUGCUCGCAGUGGCUCCUUCUCAUCAGGGGUAGCAGGAUGCCAGUGGGGCCAUAGAGGAUGGAGAGUUCAUUUUUGUCCAACAGGAUGUACCGCACCUGAGGCAUCCUACACAACAGGAGGACAACAGAUGUCUCCUCAUGCCCACUGGUUGCCAGAAUCUCAGCAUCCACAGUCUCCAAACUGCCAAAAGCCAGGCCCCAACUUCUGUUCCACUCCAGCCGCAGAGCCAAUACCAAACAAAGACUUGCCCUGCACUCCUACUGACCAGCUGGGGCACAAUAUCUACCUGACCCCACCUUCAUCACAGUAUGGAUUUCCAUCCCCUGCCAGUCCUGAAGAAACACAGUCUUCACAAAAAACAUGCAUGCACCAUCACCCAUUCCUUACUCCUUCACCAGAAUCCAGGAACCCCUGGGGAAUUGCAUCACCAUAAAAAGAUUUUAGAUGCACAAGGACUGUGGGUUUAAACCAAGACAAGGAACUGGUGACUGCCAAAAAAUUCAAGAGCCAGUGGAUGCAUUCUCAGAACCAGCAUGGCGCUAGGAAAGGCAUCAAAUUCAGAUGCAUGAGGGCAAUUGGUUUAAACCAAGAAAAGGAGCGGGUGGAUGAACUACUGUAGAAUGCAGGGCCAGGCCAGGCGAUCUUGGAACCAACUGGCCGUUUUGAAGGUGCUAGAGAAGGCACAAAACCUUUGUGUAAUUGCAACAUUUAAUGAAAUCCAAUGGCUACCUAUCUCAUGGGAUCUGUCCAACUCCGACCUUUAAAUGUGUAGGCAUCUUGAAGUGACUAUUUAAGUGACUGCAAAACAAAAACAUUUGCUAUGUUACAUAGAAGAAGUGAAUCUCAGUUAUAUUAUAUUAUAAUAAUGACAAAAAACAGGGG